UCGUAGCACCGGUCGCGUCGUAGCGCUACGCCGCUGCUACGAAAACCGCAUACAUUUUCCCGUAGCCGGUUCUUUGCGAAGCGAGAAAACGCUAACUAACAUUUGAAAAUGGGACGAUUUAUUUUUAAAAUGUGAACGUGUUUUAGCCAGCACUUUUUAGGUUGCGUUCAAAUUUUUUGUGUCAGUGAAAAGUAAACUUUUUUAAAGGGUAUAAAAGAAAAUGUUUGUAUUUUUUCUGUGUCAGUUAAAGUGGAGCAGCUCGCAGCCUCUUUGUCCGUCUGUCCCUGUCCGUGGCAUUUUAUCUCGAGAACAAGAAUGUUGAGUCACGACAUUAAAAUUCAACGGAAUCGGAAAUAAAUGCGAUGCUACGUAAAGCCACCCCCCCGUGCAGACUAAGACUAAAACAAGCAGUGCCGUGAACCAACUAAAAUGCUCCAGUGCUUAUAAUACCCAACAAUGCUCAACGGGUCGGCCGACCGAUCCACACAGUCUUCUCCGCUGAAGAUCUCAACAUCCCCCGUCCGCGCUACAUCGUCGCCAAUAAGGGCGCCACCGUCGCCGCUAAAGUCUUCGCUUAGUUCCGGCAGCGGCCGCCAGAAGUCGCCGCGGCGUUGCCAGUUCGCGGCGCCGGCGGAGGACGCGCGGGACAAGUGCGGCGCGUCGUGGCUGUGCCGGCGCGGCGCGGGGGCGGGGGAGGAGAGCGAGACGGAGCGAGCCCCCGGGCCCUCCGUCCCGCUCCCGCAGGGCUGCGGGGACGACGCCGCGCCGCCGCCCAAGAACUGCUAUAGGCUGGUUAUGUUGGGGUCCGCGCGCGUCGGCAAGACCUCCCUCGUCGCUCGCUUCCUCGGCACUCGCUUCGAGGACGGCUACACGCCCACUAUCGAGGACUUCCAUCGCAAGCUGUACCGCAUCCGCGGGGAGGUGCACCAGCUCGACCUGCUGGACACCUCGGGGAACCACCCCUUCCCCGCCAUGAGGAGGCUGUCCUUCUUGACCGGCGACAUAUUCGUGCUGGUGUUCUCCAUGGACAGCCGCGAGUCGUUCGAGGAGGUGAUCCGGCUCCGCGAGCAGAUCCUGGAGACCAAGGCGGGCGCCGCCCCCGCCGGCCGCGGCCGCAAGCAGGCGCCGCGCGUGCCCAUGGCCAUCGCCGGCAACAAGUGCGACAAGGAGCUCAAAACCGUGACGCCGGAGGAGGCGGCGGCGUACUGCGCCACGCAGGACCCCUCCUGCGUGUUCGUGGAGACCUCCGCCAAACGGAACUACAAGGUUGACGACCUCUUCUACGAGCUGUUCGUCGUCGCCAACCUUCCUUUAGAAAUGGCCCCGAACCACCACAAGCGGGUGAACACGGCUUUUGGGAGCCCGUGUACGCUGCCACCGGCCGGGAGUCAAGCUAGUCGCAGUAAGAAAUGCACUCUAUCUAUCAAGCGGAGACUCUCAGACGCUUGCGGAGUGGUUGCACCUAAUGUGAGGCGGCCCAGCAUCAGGACAGACCUCAUGAUCAUGAGGACGAAGACGAGCGCGAAGGGUGACAGUGACAGCGCCAGCGGGAGCCCCAAGAUCGCCCUCAACAGGCUCGUGAGGGCGAACCCGCAGGCGGAUAAGAGGUCGUGCGUCGUGCAGUGAUAUUGUUUACAAGAGAGAGUGUGAUUUGGACUGUAUUGUUUGAGAAGCUAGACCUGGGUUUUUGGUACCCCGACGUUCGCUGGCUCGACAUACCUCAUGUUUAAAGUGAAAUAUCGUAUGCAAAUUACCAGAUAAGUCGCGUAUUGAGAUGAUGUCGAGUGAGCAAAAAUCGCCGCCUGGACUAUGUGGACUGUUUAGUAAAGAGUGAAGGACUGUUUGUGAUGUGACCAACCCCAGUUGUUUUGUAUAAUAGAUUUUAAGUUUGUUGCAGUAUGUUAUAACGUAAUGGUAAGUAUGAGUAUGUAUUGUAUACACAAUGGAUUUUAUGAGCAGAUGAUAAGUCAAACUUAUAUCACUGCAAUAUAAAACGUCACGUUCUCGUCAAAGUCCAUUGCGCCGUUAUUAUUCCCGAAUGCCUCAAAAAUUAAAAUGAUACGAGCCUCCUUGUAUCUCUCUUCCCACAAUAUUGUGCAUGAACUAUCGACAUUACAUAAAAAUAGUGAGUCGAUAUCGAUGAUUAUUUAUAAUUCGUAAUAUUGUUUAAUUUAACUUAGCUUACUUACAGCCAGUGUAUAAAACACGAGUUUUGAGAACCAUUUCAUAUAAAGUGUAUGUAAAAUUUUAAUGUCCUGCCUUAAUGCUAUACCAGUUCAACACAACAUUCAUAAUUUACAUAGGUACAAAAGAACCAAACAUAGAUAUCAAAUAAAAAUAUAAUUAUGUAUAUGUACCUAAUUGAAUGUCGUCAUGCGUAUCGUGUGCUGGUGAUGAUUAUGUUGCUUACAAGAUUAGCCAAUCGGUGCUGAAUAAUUCAGUGCUAAAAAUAGUCAUUUUAAAGUUUUAACAAUUUUAUGGAACUGAUAUUGGACUAGUUUCGUGUAACAAUGUGUGUAAAAAGGAGAAUGUCGAGCUUCGCACAUAAUGCUAGAUUGUGUAAUAUAAUAAGUAUUAUAGCCAAUAUGAUAAACUUAAAGUAAGAUCCUAACUAUCAAUUUUCCAACUAUUGUGCGAUGUCCUUAUCAUAUCUACAAGGUAACGUAUUUUUGUUCUCUCUAGUACUAUCCCUAUUUUCUAAAAGUAUAAAAAAAUCAUAUCUACCCUAAAAUUUUGUUCAUAUUUAAAUAAUAAAACCAAGUUAUAAAGUUGAAUUGUAUAUCAUCGUUGAAAAGGGACCAAAGUAACAGUUUCGAUAUAAUAAAAUUAGUUAUCCCUUUUUAAGUAAAACUCUAUAAUGUUUCAAAAUUUAUAAGCAAAUAAAUAGAAAGAAGGUACCACACUGGACCACUGUAUUGGAAACAAUUUGUAGGUAAUAUUAUAUUACUACCUUGACAUAUAUUUUCUCUUUACCAACCUAUGUAAAUUAUAAAAGCUCAAAUAAAAAUCUUAUCAACAAAAUAUUUUUACUACUUACUUAUUCAUGGUAAAUGAAAAGAACACGCUCGUCCACUUUCAUUACCAAAAUCUAAAGUUAUCUCGAUUCUAAAACUGUAUCUUUUAUAACUACCUUUUAUCCAUGAUACUAAAUAUAUAGGUAAUGUA